GUUUUUUGUUUCGUCGUGCGGGCCGGAAAUCUUUUAAAAUUUUCAUGUCCAAAAGCAAACCCAAAGAUCCGUGCAAGAUUGCUGCGUGCCGAAUUCAAACUUGCCUAAAAGAACACGACUUCGAUGAGGUAAAGUGCUACGAUGUUAUCGAAGAUAUGCGCCAAUGUUGCCUGAAGUGGCACAAAGUAUCGCUUUGCUGUUCCGGAAUACAGCUGGACCGAGAUUAUAAGGCGGAGAAGAUAGCUGCGGAGAACGAACGACGCCAGAAACUGGCCGGCAAAUAGGCAAUGAACACUUCUGAUCCGCGCCGUCCUUUCCGUGUUCCAAAGCGUUCUUGGAUGCAAAGAAAUCCCCGGGUAUUCAGUUCGCUCGUCACCGGGACGGCCCUGUUGAUCUUUUUUUCGAAACCCUUAUAC